AUGACAUGGUCCAAGCCUCGGGGUCGUGAGUCGCCCCCGACGACCAGGGAGUCCACGGAAAUCCAACCCAAAAUCUACAACAGCUACAGGAUGGGUCAGAAACCAUCACACCAUCACCAUGAAAAACCCACCCCACCACCUUCUCCCACUUUGAAGGAUCCAUGGAGGAAAAUAGUCUGGGGAGACAAAACGAGGGAUCUCCAGUAUGUGCAGGAUUAUGAGCCUGAAAACAACGACAUCAAACACAUCCGAAUCCUUCUGUAUGGACCCGUCGGAGCUGGAAAGUCCAGCUUCAUCAACUCUGUCAGCAGCACCCUACGAGGCAGAACGACUAUUCCUGCUGGGGCCAGUUCAACCACAUCUGACAAAAGUUUCACCACAAGAUAUGAAACUCAUAAAAUAAUAAAAGGAGGAGGAAAGUCAAAGUCAUAUUAUCCUUUCAUCUUCAAUGACGUCAUGGGUCUGGAGAAAGGGGAUGGAGUUCGUGUUGAUGACAUCAAACUGGCCCUGAAAGGACAUGUGAAGGAGGGAUACAAGUUCAACCCUGCAUCUUCACUCUCUGAUGGUGAUCCAGGCUACAACCCUCUUCCAUCUCCAGAAGACAAAGUUCACGUUCUGGUUUGUGUACUUUCUGCUAAUGCGGCGGAAAUUCCAGACUCAGUUCUGAAGAAGAUGGCAGAAAUCAGAGAGUUAGCCAGUGACCUGGGGAUUCCCCAAAUGGCAAUAGGCACCAACAUUGAUUCAGCCUGUCCUGAAACUGCAAAGGAUCUCAAGAAUGUGUACAAGAGCAAACACCUGAAGAAAAAGGUACAUGACUUCAGUGCUUCAGUGGGAAUCCCAGUGAACUGCAUCUUUCCUGUGAAGAACUACUGUGAUGAAAUCGACAUCAGUGACGAUGUCGACACUCUGAUCCUGAGUGCACUGAGAAAAAUGAUCGACUUUGGAGACGACUUCAUUGCCAAAUCCAUUGAAAAAAGAUCCAGAAUGUCCUUUGACCUGUUUGAUAUAAAAUAG